AUAACCCUUCGUGCCCGUCGCCAUGCGUCUCUCGCGCAACAUGGCGACCGGCAAGAAGCUUGCCGCGAUUCUCCGCCCGAAGACCAUCAAUUUGAUCGGGAGCAGUGAACUGAGUAAAUUCUCGCACGGUGUCUCGCGGCAAUGCGGCACGUGUCAGCGAUACGUGGUAACUGUCGCGUCGGCUGUCGGCGGGUGGAAUCGUGAAAAGGCUAUAGGAAGAAUAGUACAGCCACAUCGGACCAUACAUCUAACAAGUAGAUUGUUAAAACGUAAUUAUUACGAAGUUCUGGGUGUCUCCAAGAACGCUUCAGCAAAAGACAUAAAAAAGGCGUAUUUUCAACUUGCUAAGAAAUAUCAUCCCGACACGAAUAAAAGAGACCCGGAUGCUAAUCAGAAAUUCCAAGAAGUUUCCGAGGCGUACGAAGUAUUAAGCGAUGACACCAAGAGGAAAGAAUAUGAUACGUGGGGCGCGACCUCGGAGCAAAUGGGCAUGGGGAUGGGCCAGGGAGGACCCAAGAGUUACAAUCAACACUGGCAAUAUAGAUCGACAAUUAAUGCUGAGGAAUUGUUUAGAAAAAUAUUUGGUGACGCCGGAUUUCAAAGCGGAGCCUUUAGUGACUUUGAAGACUUCUCAGAAACGAAGUACGGUUUUGGGGCAGCUCAAGAGGUGAUAAUGAAUUUGACGUUUUCUCAAGCUGCUAGAGGUGUAAAUAAAGAUAUUACCGUAAACGUGGUAGAUACUUGCCCAAAAUGCAAUGGCUCGCGGUGUGAGCUGGGAACCAAGCCAGCAAAGUGUCAAUAUUGCAACGGUACUGGAAUGGAAACGAUAUCCACUGGUCCUUUCGUAAUGAGUUCGACCUGUCGGUACUGUCAGGGCACAAGGAUGCACAUCAAGUUCCCCUGCACAGAAUGCAACGCGAAGGGACAAACGGUGCAACGUAAAAAGAUAACGGUUCCAGUUCCAGCCGGAGUAGAAGAUGGCCAAACAAUCCGUAUGGCAGUAGGAAGAAAAGAAAUAUUUGUGACAUUCCGCGUGGAAAAGUCCAGGUACUUCCGUCGCGACGGGCCCGAUGUGCACACCGACGCGGAGAUCUCGCUGGCGCAGGCGAUACUGGGCGGUACAAUACGAGUAGAGGGUGUGUACGAGGAUCAAACUAUACAGAUAACACCGGGCACGUCGUCCCAUACGCGAAUCCGCUUGACCGGCAAGGGAUUGAAAAGGGUUGACGGAUACGGUUACGGUGAUCAUUACGUAAAUAUCAAGAUCAUUGUACCAAAAAAAUUAACGGAAAAGCAGCGGGCAUUGGUUCAAACGUAUGCCGAACUUGAAACCAACACUCCCGGCAGUAUACACGGUGUAACGUAUAAAACAGAUGGUACAAAAGAGUGCUAUUCAGGUCCAUUGCACUUGGUAGAGUCGAUACGAAUAGCACUAGGAGAUGUGCCUAUUCGCGAAAACCAGUCUUCAUCGUCCGAGCCGGGAGACAAACCUCUUAACAGUAAGUCCGUGCACACCAAAGAUACGUCGGACGUCAAUAGUAAAAAUGACACUAAUGCUGGAAUGCGACAGAAACUGCCCCAAAUGUAAUCCCGGGUGUCUAAAGCAAUCUGUAGAAAUCUAGAGGAUGCUACUCACGUGUUGUUACGUUACUAAUACGUAAAUCAUAUGCACGUUAGCAUCAUUACAAAUGGGAGUUUGGGCCAGAAAUUAUGUACACUUUUGGUCAAGUUGAAAAAAAAAAAGGCACGAAGAUUAUCAGUAUGAGUGAAUAAGUGACGCCAACAUGCCGGUUAGAUAACGCGUAUAGCUGUACAGUCGUAUCAUAGCAUACAAGUUUGUCUUUAUUACAACUUUAACUAUUACAACUAUUUAAAAUAAAGUGUACAUGAAAGAAAAUAAAUCUAUCUGUUAUCUGUUUAUCUUGAUCGAGAUGAUGUAUAUUUGUAAAAUAAAUUCCGCGCAUGUAUCUUUUUGCUUAUACC